UACCGACUUUUUUAGUGAACUACUACAGUUGCCGACAAUUGUUUAAAUUUAAAAUUUAAUUACAUAAGAAAUAAUAAUGAGCAAUGUAAAUAAAAUGCCAAAAACAACUAUAAGUUUGCAUAAUAUUUGUAAGAAAAAUUCAAAGAUUCCAAUUACUAAUCACGAAUACAAACCAAACAAGACAGACAAUGAACUGAAAUCUUUUGAAUUAUUGACAACACAAUCAGAAACAGGUCCUAGUGAUUCAUUAAUAUGCUCUAAUAGUUCAAUUCCAUCAACUGCUUCAAAGUUGAUAGAAAAAUCAUCCAAGUCAAAUCUUGUUGAAUCAUCUUCAUUGAUAUUAGAUACGUUCAGUCAAUCGUCAGGUAUAGCAUCAAAAUUAAUACGCAGGAAAAUACCAAGAGCUGGUCACUUAAUGACGCCACGGCACUUAUGGAUUCAAUCAAUUCCUCCUAAAGCUUGUGAUGUGGUUUUAACAUUCACCAAAACUACAGACUAUAAGACUAUUGAAUGGGUAAAAUCACUAAUAGUGGACGAAUCUAAUGGCUUCAGUUUAUCUGUGAAUGUCCAAUAUCAUUCAUCAACUGAGUCUUACUGUUUUUACUUAACAGCUUCCUUUCAUGUUCUAAUGAAAGCUGCUCAAGAUGUACAUUUACCAAAAAAAAUUAUUGGCGGUGGUGGCUUAAGAGAAUUUAUACUCUCUGAAAUGAAUAUAUUUGAAGGAAUUGAGGAUCAUUCAAGUUUUUUCACUAUGCAAGAAAGACAAACAUUAAUUUUAUAUAUUUUAAACACAUUAAGGGUACAGAAUUGUGAUUGGAUUACUGAAUUAGUCGAAAGUCAACCAUUAAUUUCAGAAUGUAUGUCAAAUGGAAUAAUUGAACAUUUAUUCCCAGUUCAUGAAAUUAAGACAUUAAAAUGGUUACGUAUUAUCUGGGUAAAGUCUUUUUUUAGCUUGCAGCCUUUGGAUAAGGUUUGUGAUUAUUUUGGUGUCAAAAUUGCCAUGUACUUUGCAUGGAUUGGACACUAUACUGGUUCAUUAAUAUACCCAGCUAUUGCCUAUUCUACAUUUUGGUUUGGAUUUGGAAGGAAACUGGAUCAAUGGACAGAAGGAGUAUGGUUUGUUGUAUUGGCCUUUAUGAAUGUUCUUUGGCUAACAGUAUACUUGGAAACAUGGAAACGUUACUGUGCUGAAUUAGCCUAUCGAUGGGCUACACUUGAUCAAAGACAUCAGUUUUUGUUACAGCCUCGUUUAGAAUUUAAAGGUCAUCCACGAAUUAGUCCAAUAACUGGUAAGGCAGAACUAUGGUAUCCAAAUUGGAAACGAAGGCUGUUCAGUUAUUUUGUUAGUGCGCCUAUCAUUAGUCUAUGUUUGGCAGUAGUCUUUGCUUUAACAAUAUUACAAAUCAAAUUUCAGGACUGGUGGGACUUAUACAUUGAAACAAAUAAAUAUCCAACAUAUUUAAGUUACAUUUCUAAAAUUAUGUUAGCACUUAUCAUCGCUGUGCUUGAUGAUAUUUACAAUAUUAUUGCCGUGUGGCUUAACGAUUGUGAAAACUAUAGGCUGGACACCGAAUACGAAAAUCAACUGAUCAUCAAAGUUACACUGUUUCAAUUCGUCAACUCGUUCCUGUCUCUCUUUUACAUCGCUUUUUAUUUACAAGACCAGGAAAGGCUGAGAACGCAAUUGGCCGUGCUUUUAAUCACCAGACAGCUGAUACGCAACAUCAAAGAAUCGGCGCUCCCUUAUGUAUUGGAACAAAUCCGUUUCGCAAAAAUUAGCUUUGACUUGUUCGGUGCGCUGACGCCAUCCGACGGUCCGGCUAAAUCUAAUGGCGAACGCGUUGUGUCACAGCCAGAACUCGAAUGUUCCAUGUUUAAAUUUGACGGUACAUUCUCCGAACACUUGGAAAUUUUUAUACAAUUUGGUUAUGUGGUAAUGUUCUCAUCAGCGUUCCCACUGGCUGCUUUGUGCGCAUUCCUCAAUAAUCUAAUUGAAAUACGUAGCGAUGCAUUCAAAAUGUGCUAUGUGUACCAAAGACCGUUCGGUCAACGGAUCAAAGACAUCGGAAUGUGGCAGAACAUCAUGGAAGUGAUGGGAUUCAUCGCCGUGCUUGUAAACUGUGCUUUGAUUGGUCUCAGCGGUCAAGUCCAUCGAUUGCUGCCUGACAUGACUGCCAUUCAAACCGUUCUGUUGAUCGUCGCUCUUGAGCAUAUAAUGUUAGCGUUCCGAUGUGCAUUAAGUUGUCUGAUUCCGGACGUACCGCAAUGGAUUGCCACCGAAAUGGCUAAGACUGAGUACAUCAGACGCGAAGCGGCAUCUUCAAAGUCUCAGUGAAAAGGAGUGCCCAUAAUUGACUGUAAGCGUCGAUUAUCGAUUAAAUAGAUCUCAUCGGAUUUGUUUUUGUCUAUUUUUCGUUUUAAACUGAUGUUGAACGCUUUUUUGUUUUCAUAACUCGUAAUAGUUGGUGUAUUGUUGCGCAUAAUAUCGUCUAUGGACAUUGAACAAGUAUAUACAUGUUAUAAAAACUCUAAAAUAACAUUAGCUGUAAUUACAUGUCAGCCAUUAUUUAAAGAACUCAAUUUACCUAAUAAUAAUAUUUAUUACAUCGUCGUUUUUCAUCUUUAUUGAUUUCAUAAACUUUAUUAUAUUAUCAUUUAUCACUUUACGUAACCGCUUGAAUAUUUUUAUUAGCUUAUAUUA